AUGGCUAGGUUCAGGAAAUACCGCCGUUCUCAACCAAAGAAGGGGUCCUUUGACCCUGAUGACGAGACCACAGUGAAGCAUACAAAGCUGGGGAUAUGGGAUCUGUACGAGGAGAUCGACUCGGGCCACGAGACAUAUAUCCCAGUGCCUCCGAAGCUGGAGGAAUACUGGCAGUACGCGGAGAGUCUUCCGUAUGUCUGGCAUAUGAUGAAAGAUAUCCUGGCCCUUGAGAAUUGUCGAGUGCUACUCAUUCUCUUGGGAAUGCUUCAGGUCUCGCAGUCACUUCUUCCGGCCCUUUCGUUGUGGUUUUCAUCCCAAUUACUGACUAUUGUACAAGUCGCGGUAGACACUAGGGCGGUGGACAAACAAUUCCUGCUGCGCAUCGCGGCAGGGCGCAUCGCAUGCGCAAUCGCCAUUCGCGUCCUGUCGCACUACAAAACUAUUAUCACCUCCCCCCUCCAGCGGCGCAUCAAGCAGUUCUACUCCCUGCACAUCUUCCACGCCAUGGCGCGCCUCGACGUGCCCACGUUCGAGGACACCGCCGUCCAGCGGCAGCUCGAGGCAACGUACACGCGCUUUGGCAGCAGCGUCGCGUGGGAGGUCAUCCAAACGUUGUUCAGCGUCGCCACUGUCGCGGUGCAGCUGGUAUCCCAGGUCUCGGUGCUCGUCGCGGUCAUGCACGGGCAGGCGGAGGGCCCGCUGAUUUCGAGUCUCGCAUUGCUGCAGACGGUCUUCGAGUACAUGAGUAUGAAGAGGAUGAUUGUGCAGCCCGGCAACAGGAAGUACCUGUGGGCCGCAACGACCAAGAACGAAGACUAUAUUCGGAUGGAAGGCAUGAAGCGCGUAGUGAACGACAAUGAGCACCGCAAGGAGCUCGUGGCGGGGAACCUAGCUGAGUACCUUACUGACCAGUACCGACGUCUAGCGAAGAAAGUGGGCGACAACGCCAUGGAUUUCAACGAGACGAAGCGCAUGUACGAGAACCGUCUCCGCAUGAACGCGUCCGCGGUGUUGCAAGUAAUCCUCCGCGAGCUCCCGCUGAUUGCGUUCAGCCUGCGCGCUGUGCAAUAUCCCGCCUCCAUCCCCCUUUCCCUCGCCUCCCUCAACCUCAUCCGCGAGACAGUGUCCAACUUCUCCUACGGCCUGCUCGACUUCGUCGACGCGACCGGCUCGAUCGGGCAGCAGCUGUCCGACAUACGCAAGCUGUACGAAGUAGAUGCCAUCCCGAAUAAGGUGCCAGACGGCUCCGAGCCAUUCCCAGAGAAUGACAAGACGCUCGAAUCCGGGGUGUCUGUCGAAUUCAGGAAUGUCUCUUUCAAAUAUCCAGGGUCCGACAAAUUUGCCCUGCGCCAUGUUUCGUUCUACAUCGGGCCCGGCCAACUUUGUGUCAUCGUCGGGUCAAACGGUUCCGGUAAAAGUACAAUCCUAAAACUGAUCUCCCGUAUCUACGACCCAGUCGAAGGCGAGAUCCUAAUUGAUGGCCGAGACAUAAAGACGCUGCUCUUAGCAGAUCUCCGCCGACGCAUCUCCGUGCUCUUCCAGGACUACACGCACUUCCCGCUCUCCAUCAAGGAGAACAUCGCUCUAGGUAACCCAGAACUGGCACACGACGAGGACAAGAUCAGAGAAGCCGCUCGGCUCGGCGGUGCGGAAGAGUUCAUCAAAGAGCUCCCAGAGGGCAUGGAUACCUACCUCACCCGCCCCGUCCGCGAUUACUACGCACCCCUGCCAGAGGGCACGAAGACUCUAUUCGGGCGCUCCGUGGACUACACUCGCUUACGAGGCAUGGGCCGUAUGAAGCCGCGAGAUUCUUUCCCACUUAGUGGUGGUCAAAUGCAGAGGCUGGCUGUAUCUCGGACGUUCAUGAGGUCUUUGCUUUCCGAAGCCUCCGAUACAGGAGUAGGCUUGCUGCUCUUUGAUGAGCCAAGCGCAUCUCUAGACCCAACCGCGGAGCACGAUUUGUUCGAGCGGCUUCGACAAUUACGAGGGCACAAGACUAUGCUGUUCUCCUCUCAUCGCUUCGGGAAUCUGACGCGUCACGCCGAUAUUCUCUUGUACAUUAAUGACUCCUCCAUCAAAGAGGCUGGCACACAUGAAGAAUUGUUAAAGAGAGACGGCGAAUAUGCCCGAAUCUGGAACUUGCAGGCUCAAGCAUUCCUAUCUUGA